GUCAUCAGUUUGGCUCAAAUAAGCUCACAAAAAUUCUCUAUAGGUUUGGACAUUUCUUACACUGACAAUACACCAACAAAAACUUAAACUUUUUAAAGCUGAAAUUUUGACGAAUGUAAUGCACCCCUUACUUCCAAAAGUUUAGCAGGAAUACGUUUCUGGGAGCAAGAACAGUAAAUAGUGAGAAAGUGGCUGGCAGACAGUGAGAUUCUGAUAGGUCCCUUAGCUGUAAUUAUUGCUUUCAUCAAUCUUAAUUAUACUGCUUUUCAUCAAUUGAGUGAGUACACAUCAGUUUAACAACAAACACUAACGGAGCACCUACUUCCCAGCCCUGCGGAAAUUGUCCCCAAUAUUACAGGAAACCCAAGUUAAAAAAACAGCAAGUGUCUACCUUAAAAAAAUACAUAUAGGACUUAUCAUCUGGGAAAAAAAAUCGUUGGGAUCCUCUGGUGUCCAGGUCCCUCUGGGGAGACCAGAGGCUCAGCGAACCCCAGGAAAUCAGGCCUCCAAACCCCAGUCCAUAGGCUUCCCCUUUUCCCCACGUGCUUCUGCCUCGGUCGUUUGCACUCCUGUCGUUUCCAUUUCCCCAUUUCCUGAGUUCUCAUUCCUGCAUGCUGCACGGGCCACACCUAAAGUUGGCACAUUCUUGAGAUGUCGCCGCGGGAUCCGUGCACCUGGGUAAGAAUUCUCCGCCGAGCGGGACAGCCUGACACCGCGGCUUGGACCUUGCGGCAGCCCGUAGCCCCCGUCCUUUCCCUUCCGGAUGUCGGCGUGGAGGGAAUCCCUUUACUUUAGCGAGCGGAGCUUGUAAGGAGAAGCUGCCUUUCUCAAGGAACUGUCAGUCCUUCGGAGCCGGCGUGCCUGAGGACUCCUGGCUAACAGGUCCCCCUGUACACCGUCUCGAGCGCCGCUCCGCCGCCAGGAAGGGGAACGGCGGGAACUACGCACGCGCGGCGCCGCUGACCUCGCGGGGUUCACUUCCGGGGGUCGCGCCGCCUGCUCUCCAGGCAGGGCUCUGGGCUCCCGUGUGUGCUUUGCGGCCGCCUCCCUCCGAUCGGCCCGGCGGGACCGACCCGAGCGGAGCCAUGGGGCCUGCAGCGGGCCGGCCGUGAGCGCGGCCGCAGGAUGCGUCCCUGCCUCGGCUGCUGCAGUCGCCGCCGCCGCCGCCACAGGUCAGGAGGAGCCGCAGCGCGGGGCGACCCCGCCCGGGCCUCGGAUGACUCUCCCGUCUAGAUCAUGGAGGAGGCAGAGGCUACUGGGAGAGUUCUUUCAACCUUGAUUCCUUUCGAGAUCCUAUCACAUAGGACAGUAUGCACUUUAAGAUCCUGAAGAAAAGGCGCAAAAUGUUCAAGUAAUGUUUCGAAAUAAUUUGUAAGGGUGCGUCGGGGACAUCAUGCCGUCCUCAGGACACCGGCUCCGCGAUGUCGAACACCAUCCGCUCCUGACUGAAAAUGACAGUUACGACUCCUCGUCCUCCUCUUCCUCCGAGGCUGACGUGGCAGACAGGGUCUGGUUCAUCCGCGACGGCUGCGGCAUGAUCUGCGCCGUCAUGACGUGGCUCCUGGUCGUCUAUGCGGACUUUGUGGUGACGUUUGUCAUGCUGCUGCCUUCCAAAGACUUCUGGUACUCUGUGGUCAACGGGGUCAUUUUUAACUGCUUAGCGGUGCUCGCCCUGUCUUCUCACCUGAGAACCAUGCUCACCGACCCCGGGGCAGUACCCAAAGGGAAUGCUACUAAGGAAUACAUGGAGAGUUUGCAGCUGAAGCCGGGAGAAGUGAUCUACAAGUGCCCCAAGUGCUGCUGCAUCAAGCCCGAGCGCGCGCACCACUGCAGUAUUUGCAAAAGAUGCAUUCGGAAAAUGGACCAUCACUGCCCGUGGGUGAAUAACUGUGUGGGAGAAAAGAAUCAGAGAUUUUUUGUGCUCUUCACUAUGUACAUAGCUCUGUCUUCAGUCCAUGCUCUGAUUCUCUGUGGGCUCCAGUUCAUUUCCUGCGUCCGAGGGCAGUGGACUGAAUGCAGUGAUUUUUCACCUCCAAUCACUGUAAUCCUGUUGAUCUUCCUGUGCCUUGAGGGUCUCCUGUUUUUCACUUUCACUGCAGUUAUGUUUGGCACCCAGAUCCACUCCAUAUGCAAUGAUGAAACGGAAAUCGAGAGGCUGAAAAGCGAGAAGCCGACUUGGGAGCGGAGGCUCCGAUGGGAAGGGAUGAAGUCCGUCUUUGGGGGGCCCCCCUCUCUCCUCUGGAUGAACCCCUUUGUCGGCUUCCGAUUUAGGCGACUGCCAACGAGACCCAGGAAAGGAGGCCCAGAGUUCUCCGUUUGAGGCCUCUUGCUUCAUGUUGGCACUUGUGAAUGGACUUGAAGUUAUUUAUUUGGUGUCUGAGAAGGGUACCCACAGCUCAUCUGUGACCAACAGGGCAAAUGGAACCUACACAGACCAGUUGCUUGCAGCAAGCAACGUUUUAUAUACAUUUACAGUCACAGAGUGCAGACUUUCCAAACUGGCAACUGGAGGCUGGAUGCUGUCAUCAGUGUUCCACCUGUACAACUAGCGAAAGGGAUGUGGCCACACGAAGAAGCCAAAUGUCAUUACCUUCCUGCACAGUUAGGAUUUUUGUUAAGAGUGCUUUGCAUUUUCUAAGGAGUCGUGUGGGAUAUUACAUGGGUUAUCAAAAUCCUGUGUACCGAGCUGCUUUUUUCAAUCAUGAAGGAAAAAAGUCAAUCCAGUGAACGAGAAUUCUCCGAUGAGUGGUUUCAGGGAGUUCCUGUUGACCCUGUGAUGCGUUAGUGCGCGCCCUCGGUCAGGAAGGGGCGUUUACAGAGAAAUACAUUUUGGUCUCCAUUCGCUCUGACACUUUGCACUGAGUUUGCAAAAUAUCUGUGCACUGAACAGUGAAGGCGGCUUCAGGUACACGUACGCCCACUGCCCUGGAAGAGGCAUUCUUUGACCCUGCAGCAAGUUUGUGUGUGCGUGUCUGUGUGCGUGCGUGCAUGUGUGUGUGUGUGUGUCUGCGUCUGCGUGCACAUGUGCACAUGUGUUUUAAAAUCGACAGUGUUGUUUAGGCAAUGUAACAUUUAGUGGUUGUGUGCAGCAAACAAGCUAUUUUUUAGAAACCGACGUUUCAGGGAAGCGGGGAGGGAGAGCUGCCCCGGGACCCUCCUCCCGUGGGGUUCACUAUGAAUGUAUUGCAAACUGGAGAAUAUCUUGAUCCAAAGAACAAUCAUUCCUAUGUGGUCCUUUGUUGCCCUCCUGUAUUCAUUUGAUCUUAAAAAAAAUCUUGAGUGCGUGAGGACCUUGGAACUGACUUUUCUCGUUCCCAGCCAAGUGAGCGGUGUGUGAACGGCCCCUCAGUGAGAGAAGAGUGCAGUCUCGUGGUGGCCUUCACCUUGUGCACCCUGAGGCUCCUGCAGCUUGGUGGGUAGGUGGGAGGAAGGGCAGACAUAGCAGCCAUGAAACAGGGGGAGGCAGGUGCUGACCUCUGGGCACCACUGAGGAGGUGAGGGGACUGCAAGGCAACAAGCCCCAGACUCCGUAUCCCUCACUUGUAGAGAAUAUUAAGGAUGGCAACAGCUUGUUUGAUUUUUUUUUGGGGGGGGGCGGGGGGAAGGGGGGUAUCAUUUAUGUUUGUUUCUCUACUCACGUCACAAGUGAUAACAUAGGACCUUUGGUGCAGAGCUUAAAAUUAUGCCAGAAAGCAAACAGCUCCCCUCCUUGGGGACUCGCCUUAAAUUUGCCUGGUCUGUCCAUGUUUUUGCGGGACUCACGAGGAAGCCAUUGGUGACAGUCUGAGGGGCUCCCUCACGCCUGCCUCCCACGCUGAGAAGAGUUGGUGUUACCCUCCAGGUCUUCACGCCUUUCUGUUCAUUUGUGAACCGUUUUGUUUCUGUUUUUAAUUAACCUGUACCCUAUCCUAAUCAGGGCUUCUACCACUGCUGAUGCAAAACUAAAGGGACCUACUUGAGACACAAUCAGCCACCUGAACAAAGCUGUAGGAUGUUUCUAAAAUGGACUAAGUCACCGCAGACAUGUGUGAGCUAUCAGGGGAUGGACUGUGUGACAGCCAGAGGGACAAAACAGAAGAUGCGUUUCCAGAGAUUGUUUUGCAUAUUCAUUUGCACAUCUGUUGUCUGGGUUGGACAUGUGUAUUGGGCUUCAAUGUGAGGCUUUUAAUCUGUAUAUCCUGUUCAUUAAUUUAAAAAAAUUAUCAAAGUGGUUGAAUCCUGUGAGACUUGGCAAGUAUGUGAAAAUCAAGUAUACUUGACUUUUCAGCCUCUUAUUCCAAUGUAACUUUUAUAUAAAAUAAAGUCACCAAAUUAAUGGUU